AGGGUAAUUUAGUAAUUGGAGAGAGAAGAAGGUAGAAAGUGAGGAUAGAGGCUGGGGCUGUGGCUGAGGCUGAGUUCUGUAAUUGUGUUUUGGCUGUGGACAAUGGCUCUGUCUUCUGGGCUUUUCUUGUGUUCUUCUUCCCGUGUUCUCCCACCACCAGAAACCCACACUUUCAUGAGGACCAGGCCUUCUUCUGCUGCCUUGCGCACCAUUUCCGUUAGCUGUUGCACCGUCUCUCAGUCGUCUAAGCCAGCCCGCAAAAUCCGUGGUAUCAUGAAACCCCGCAAAGUCUCCCCCGAGAUGGAAGACCUCGUCGGCGCUCCCGAGAUGGCUCGAACCCAAGUCCUCAAACGGAUUUGGGCUUACAUUAAGGACAACAAUCUUCAGGACCCUACAGACAAGAGGACUAUAAAUUGCGAUGAGAAGCUGAAGAAGGUGUUUGCAGGGAAAGAUCAAGUUGAGAUGCUAGAGAUUGCUCGCUUGAUUAGCCCUCACUUCCUUAAAAGUGAAAGUGAAAGUUAAGUUUUUGUAUGAAGGUCAUGCUUUGGUGUAUUGAACAAUUACAUUUGGCCUUGAGACAUAGUAGCGUUUAGUUUUUGUGGUACUCUGAAUACAGAACGAGCAUUGUUGAAGAGUUCGUUUUGAUUGAUGUAGUCUCUUCAACAAGUUAGUAUUUACCUAUUAGGUUUCUAUUUGACAUCUUAAAUAUUAUGGUUCUAUGUUCUCAUUAUUAUUCUGCUGUU